CGUCAUGGCAGAACCACAGAGAGAAGCAGCGGAGCCGGUGGGAGCACGGGUGACCCCGCACAGCCUGAACAUACCCAGUCCCCGCAGCGGACCCCCGAGCCCCGGCCUCUCCUGCUCUGCCCCUCGAAGCCCCCGCAGCCCCGGACAGCAGGAGAACAACACCGGCAGAACGGGAGGAAAGUGGGUCCGGCUGAAUGUGGGCGGCACGUACUUUGUGAGCACCAAGCAGACCCUGUGCCGGGAGCCCAAGUCAUUCCUGUACCGACUGUGCCAGGAGGAGCCGGGCCUGGACUCUGACAAGGAUGAGACCGGAGCGUAUCUUAUUGAUCGGGACCCUACAUAUUUUGGACCCAUUCUGAACUAUUUACGACAUGGCAAGUUGAUCCUUAAUAAAGAGCUAGCUGAGGAAGGUGUUUUGGAAGAAGCAGAGUUUUAUAACAUCGCUUCCCUUGUGCGGCUAGUAAAGGAGCGGAUUCGAGACAAUGAAAAUAGAACCUCACAGGGUCCGGUGAAGCACGUCUACAGAGUGUUACAGUGUCAAGAAGAGGAGCUCACACAGAUGGUUUCCACCAUGUCUGAUGGUUGGAAGUUUGAGCAGCUUAUCAGUAUUGGAUCUUCCUAUAAUUAUGGGAAUGAAGACCAAGCAGAAUUCCUGUGUGUUGUAUCCAGGGAGCUGAAUAACUCCACUAAUGGACUGGUCAUUGAGCCUAGUGAAAAGGCAAAGAUUCUUCAGGAGCGAGGAUCCAGGAUGUGACAAAGCAUUGUGACCAAGAUCUGUUACGGAGCUCUACCCAGGCUCUAACCAAAGCCCUCGCUGCCUGUGGAACUUUUGCUCUGUAUUUUCAUGUUCUCCCCUCUUCCUCAGCCAGCCUUAACACCCCAACAUUACAGAGGGGGCAACGUAUGAGCAAACUAAAACAGACAGUACUGUGUUUGCCAUCCCUUGUCACAGGCCUGUGCUUUGUGUUGUCAGGUUAUAUAGGAAUGAUGUCAAUUAUUGUGGGGUGAAGGGGUUAGAGGGGGCAACUCCUACUUGUUCGGGGCUAAUUGUGUUUUCUUGUGUGUCCUCUCACUUUGGCCUGCUUUACAGGAGUAUAUUCUGCAGUGCUCCUAGGACUUCCAGUGACAUGUGGCAAACGUAUUUGCUGGUUGGAAUAAAUUGGCCUUCCCUUGAAUUAUCUUCCUCUACAGUUGCCAAAAGUCUUUUUCUGUUUAUUGUCUCAAGUGCUUUUACUGUGCAGUUAUCUUUUUAUUCUUUGCCACUCUAUGGAGAAAUCAAUGCUUGGAGUCAAUAUUGAGCUCAAACUGUUCUCCACAGAAUCUCAUAAGCAAAAGGAGCACUGUUCCUCAAAUAAAUUGAUGACUAUUA